AUGCAUAUCACACCCAUGUGAAAUACAAACUGUCCUAUAAGGAUUGUGUGGUUUUUACGAUUAUAUAAAAUAUUCAUUGAAGUGUUACAAAGUUUUGUGAAUGGAAUAUUUCAUCCGUAGAUAAAACUAUUUUCAUUUGAGAUAAUGAAAUUAAUGUAAAUUAAUUUAUACGGAAAAGAUUGUGUUGAUAUAGUAGUAAACUAUACAAAAUAAACAGUUCAUUAAUUUUUGUGUACCGAGAUAAUGGUGCUGGAUUAUUACACAGUUUUGCUUACGUCUGAUGAUUAAAAUUUAGAUCACUCCUUUGAUUACUUUAAAAUAUAUUUAUUGCGUACUUACGGACUUAAACGCCUGAUUAACGCUCUUAUCUAUGGCCAAUUAGGAGUGCUCAGUCAGCCUUCAACCAAGACAUAACAGUUAAUAUAUGAAUAGAAUUUAUGUUGAAAUAUUGCGGAUUAAGUAAAUUUUAUUCAUUUUAACAAAAUCAUAAUCUGUGUACAUACAUUAGAAUGCAUGCAGCUAACUUACUCAGUAUUUCGCUUGUCUAGCUGCUAGUGUGGUCAAGAAACCAAGAUGGCUGGGGCUGGACCUUCUAGCGUCAACAUUGCAGAGAGUCCGCCAGAAAAUGAUGUCACAACACCAUUGUAUACAAUACUAAUGGGGAAUUACACGACAACUAGGUCUCCGGUGUUGACAAAUAGAUCUGUGAAUAGUUGUGAUACAAUCGAUGCUAACUACGAUAUACCCACGUCAGUGAUAUGUGCUAUGUGUUUUGUGUUUGGAAUUAUCUACACAUUUUUCGGGUACCGUUUUUUCAAGGCGGUGAUGUUUUUAACGGGAUUCCUGUUUGGUUCUGUGCUAGUCUACAUGAUCUGUCUCGAAGAAAAGACGUUUACACCUUUAAUAAAUGCCGGGAUUUCAUUAGCUGCAGGAUUUCUAUGCGGACUUCUGACAAUGUUAGUGCAAUAUAUCGGACUAUUCAUGACAGGGUUCAAUUUCGGCAUUUCCAUAGCAACAGGGAUUCUAAUAGUUCUAGAACAGUUUUAUCAUCCAGAAACAAAAUGGAUUCCAAUCGGGAUAUUGGCGGGAAUAGGUGUAAUAUUUGCUCUAUUGACUCUAAAAUUCCAGAAAUCGGGAACAAUUCUCGGAACAAGCUUAUUCGGUGGACUUCUAAUGAUCUCAUGUAUAGACUAUUUCAUCGAACAGUUUUUGUUGAUGAUGUACAUUUGGGAGAGAAUAAAGGCAGACUUCUCCCCGUCACUUUGUUGGUACUCGUGGAUCAUUCUUGGUUGUUGGCCAUUUUGUUUCGUUGUUGGAUCGGUCACACAGUGGAAGAUAACGGGACAGGGAUUCAGUCAUAAACAGGUGCUACAGAACCGGAGAGCCGAGACUGUAACUGUAAAGCGAAGUCGAAGCAAAGAGAAGCCGAAGGAGAACCCUCACCAGUCCCGAUAUAGACACCUUUACCAGGUCAGACGUGUCAACGGAGAUGUUAUUUCACAGAACUACAUUCAGUCCAUACAAAGCAAAUUAUCACCUUCACUUCGAAACUUGACCCCAGUCCCUACAGAGCCCCAAGGAGACCCCCCUACAGAGCCAGAGAGUACCAACACAACUUUGACCCAGAUUCCAGAAGUUUGACCAUGACCUUUCACCUUUGGACUGUGUUAUAUUUAGCCAUGGUUGGCAUGGUGAUGUGUCAGUGCUAGUUCAUUGAAGGACUUUUUAAGUUUCAAUGUUUGAUUCUUCGGGGAUCGCUUUUGCAGUAUGCACUGGUUUGACCUCAAGAAACAAUAGAGAACAAAUUGAAAAAACUGUGGUUCAAAAUGUAAAAAAGUGUGCAUUCAAUGACCUUGACCUACAUUCAUUGUGAUUGACUGUUUGGACGCUUGGAGUAAUUUUGGAUAGUGCAAUGAGACGUUGAAGUCAAACACAGUGUGAUGAGUCACCUUUGACCUUUCCGGUGUGAUACUUUUGACCUGGUAUUGUGACCUAGGUUGACCCAAGUGAUUACAAAGCGGUCAAUCUCACAACUUCCGCAAUGAUGGAAGGAGACAUUUUUAACAUAAAAAACAUCUUUACUUGUUAUAACUUUAUUGUUAUUUUUUGUAAAUUAUUAGAAUAAGGGAGUUACAUUAUGUAUAAGGGAUUUACGAAAGGUAUGAGGUAGGUAAGAAAUGGAGACGUGUAAUAUUGAUGUAAAAUUCUAGGCUUGGGCUGUUGCAGUUGAUGAAAUGUGAGACAAAUGAUUUAUUAAGGAUGGUGUAUUGACUUUUUGUGUUCAUAGUUUUGGACUGAUGGUGUAAAUUAUGUCAGUGUUGUGCUCACAUGUGUUUUUUUCCAGUGAAUGAGAGUUAAAAACGUUUGUAUGAAAUAAGAAAUAUUUAGAUUCCACUUAUGAAGUAGUAAAUAAACUGUGGGUCGUAGAUGGAUAUGUAAAAAUGACCUUGUUAACAGUGUUGUACAAUUAUGGUAAAAAAAUCUGAAAAAUAGAUUUUUAUGCUAUUUUUAGCCAGAUGGAAAUUUUAUUUAAAAAAGUUAUGUAAGCAGAAUUUAGCAUUGCUAAGCCCUGGUUUUAAAGACAUUUUAAUUUCAUGUGUGGCAUAUUUUUUCUUACUGGAUGAUUAAUACUACUUGUCUGCCAUUAAAGUACAUACUUUCCUUUGUUGAAAAACAGUAUACAUAAUGUUAUAUUUGUUAGGGAAUAUAGCGGAAUGUAAGACUUUCCCCUAAAAGGGUUUUGGAGAGAUUCUUUGAUACGAAAGUUUAAAUUGCAGAGGUUUAGAUUGCAUAUUUUAAACAUGUACGGAUACUUGUAUAUUUUUUCUUGUUUACUAUUAUCAAUUUUUCCAUAAUGUGUGAAUACAGUUCAGACUGUUUCCCUGUGCUAUGAACUUUUCAUACCCAAACGUUUUACCCAUGGAUGCUUCUUAUUAAGCAAUUAAUUGAUCAAGCUGGCUUCCAUAGGUUUAGUGGAUCUACUUAUGUGCCCACAUGUGCCAGAAAAAUGCCCAGUGAGUGGUACCUUAGGUCUUCACCAUCAAAAGCUUGUAUGUUGCCACAUGACCUGUGCUUCUGCUCUUACUUUCGAGAAAUCUACCCUUAUCUAUUACCUUUCAUGUGUGUAAUGUUAAACUGGACCUAGAAAAUUCAAAUGUGAACAUGUUAAAGCAUUUUGAGGCUUUAUUUAUCUUAUCCAGCAGUUUUUACAGAAAUUAGUUUCUUAGAAUUAAAUGCAGAGUUCUAGGCAUUUUUUCAGAAAUUAAGAAUAGCUAUUUGUGGUCAUUCUCGGAACAUUCAAAACUAACAUUAUUCUGUUUAGGGAUGACAUUUAAAACUGUUGCCCUUAGCCUACCAAUCUCUGACUAUAGUUCAGAAGAUAUAUCCUGAAUGCCUUAGGAACAUAAGUUUUGACAUUUCCUUAAAGACAGAUAUAGCCGAGUUUGAUAUUACCAUUAAGAUUCAGAAUCGAGGAUAUUUUCAAUUAAGCUUCUUGACAUUUUGAUUUUUUUUGUCAACUCUUCAUUCAUUCAUUCGUUCAAAAUGGAGGACUGCUGUUUAAGCAGAAUUUAGAAGCACAUCUACGUAUCAACAAAGCUCUUAGGAAAUGUACUUUUAAAGUUUAAAACCUUGUAAAUUUACAUGAAAGAAGACACUCCAUUGAUUUAUUGGACAAUCUCAAGGUGAUAUCUCUUUCUGAAUGCAAGGAUAUUCAAGUAUGUGUUGCAUGUGAUCAGCAUGAAAUCUAAUUUAAAACCUCUUGUACAUGUAUUUCCAUGAAGCAUUCCAGAGGGAAUGAUACAGUAUGUAUGAUACAGCAUGUAUAUAUCAAUGCAAUUUUUUUUCUGUAUGUGAAUUUACCUGAAACAAGGCUUCAUUUCUGCAGUGUAUCUGAAAUUUUUAGGUUUGCAAUGCAAGAAUGAAUUAAAUUUUUUUCAGCAAUAUUAAUUCAUCAGGCUUCAUUUUAAAUCAUUUUCAAGGUCUUUAAUGGAAAAUGGUAUUUUAGUCAUGUGAUUUUUAUCAGUUUUCUGUAAAAUUCCCAACUUGCUAAGUUUUUCAUGAAACAAGUUUAGUACACAAUUUUAUGAUAACCUUUAUAUAUCUUUUUUUUAUUUCUCAAGUUUUAUAAUUUAAAUUAACUUGCGAGCAAUAUAUUGUGAAUUGCUUUAUGAAAAUUUUGUUUCUAGUAUUUAAUACCUAUAUGUACUGUAGAUGUUUUUCUACGUUGAAAAAAAAAACAACACAGUUUAAAUAUUCCUGUUUUAAUGAAUUGAUUAUAAUUGAGCCAUGCCAUGAGAAAACCAACAUAGUGGGUAUGCGACCAGCAUUGAUCCAGACCAGCCUGCGCAUCUGCGCAGUCUGGUCAGGCUCCAUGCUGUUCGCUUUUAAAGCCUAUUGGAAUUGGAGAAACUAUUAGCGAACAGCAUGGAUCCUGACCAGACUGCGCGGAUGCGCAGGCUGGUCUGGAUCCAUGCUGGUCGCAAACACAUUAUGUUGAUUUUCUCAUGGCACGGCUCAUAUGAAUUUGUUAUCUCUGUUCCCAAUGAAGUUUAUUAAAAGCAUGUCUUGCCUACAGAUAUAUUGAAUAAUGUGGUCAGAUUUGACACGUAAAUUUUUUUUCACUUUAUCAGUGUCAUCUUAUUGAUCAGAUGUUUUAAUUCUUAAAAAAAAAUUGUUUCAACGAAAUUUGAAGUUCAAGGAUUUUUAAUUUUAUGUUAAAAACAGAUAAGGCAGUUAUUUAAACUAAGCAAGUAUCAUGUACAUGUAUGCAAGAAACAUGACUGAAUUAAUUAAACCAAAACUUGUAUUUAAAGAAAUAAUUAUGAGUUUAUCCACAUUUUAAAAGUAAUAGCACAAAAGGGUACAUGUAGUUAGUUUAUAAAAUGCAUGCCUAUAACAUACGUGAUCAGCUAGAAGCUAUCUGCAGUUGUUUUAGUCAGGUGACUGUAGCGUUCCCUGAAAGAAAGUCUGUCAAUUUGUUUCAACUGAUUUGUUUCUCAUGGUAAAAUCUUGCUGGAGAGAAUGCAUGUUAUAUUUUAAUUGACAUUGUUUCAUUGUAUAUUAACGACACCAGUUUUGCCAUCGCAGCAUAACGUGACAAAAGGAUACAAAAUAAUUGAAAGUUUCUAUAACUCCACAAAAAUGUUAAAAAUCCUUUUUCUUUCCACAAAAAUUAAGCUAUACUCUACCAAAGAAACUACACAUUAAUUAUAUUCAGUUUUAAUUGUUCCAUUUGUAAACAAGGGAGGUAAGCCACUGUCAUUGUAGAGUAGUUCUUUCUUGUUACGUUUUGUAUUUAAGUCAUGUUUGUUAUGAACUGUAAUAUUGACCUUGUCAAGAAAGGUUUAAGUAGUGAAAAUAAAAAAUACAAAUUGUU